AUGUCAAUCACUUGGAUGCUGAUGUCCUUUUGCCUCCUCAAAGUGACUGCUUGUUGGAUUGAAAAAGCAAAGCUCGGAAGCUUGGAAGCUCGGAAGGAUAAAAUGGCAAGAGUGAAGCUAAAAUGGUUGCUGCUAAGGAUUUGUACUUUUAGGGAUCGGUCAAACCCCAAGGAGGAGACGAAUGGGAGAAGCACCCCAAUGACUGAGAAUAACGUAGGCAGCCUGACUGCUGGCAGUAAAACAUUAUUCUCAAUGCAGCCUUCGGCUGAUGGCAUGAUGCCAAUUGGGGCUACACCAGUGUGGAAAUGCCAAGGGUUCAAAGUCCCAACUUUGGCUGAUGCCAAGAGUUUUUCAGAGUAUAGGAGUUUUGGGUACUCCCAAUCAAAUAAUCUUCGCAUCAUCUCAUUAUUGGUAGCAGCCAUAACACACCUGACGUGUGGACUGGAUUCACUAACACCACUGGACUGGUUUGCUGGGCAUGUCUCUCAGCCCUCAGUCAGUCAGUUCCCCCGACACCAUGCCCAUCAAUUCCCCCUCCUGAACGACCUCAGCCCUUCGUCUUCCUCGAUCUCAGCCCUCGAAGCCAACCACCGGCCUCAUCCCUCCCACCACGACCUCAACCCUCCAGAGGAGAUCAGUCCCCAAGCCCUCGUUCCUUCAGUCAGUCUCGAAGUCUAUCAAGGCUGGGCUUCAAUUCCCUAUGGGUCGGAUUGCUUGGUAUUUGAAGAAGGGUCGCUACGCUCAGAGGACAAGCUCCGAUCUACCUCGCCGCGAUUCUUGAAUAUCUCGAUGCUGAGUUGUUGCACUAGUGUUGCAUGGGUGCUUGGAGGCGAUGGUGCUUUUGAUAAACUUGAUACUAAUGGAAAUUUGUACAUUAAUAGAGGAAAACAUUCUGACAAUCUGACAAGAGAGAACCAAGAUUGGAAGAGGAAGGAUAAUGUAUUGUUGCAUGAGUAUGAAGCUUGGAAAAUGAAGAUAAAGUAAGAGAGACAAAUGUUCACAAGGUUGAGGUUGAACUUGAAAAGCGGAGGGUUGUGUACAUGAAUAUGGUUCUUUUUGUAUUGGGUUGUAUCUAUUGUAAUUUUCUAGUUGGUUUGGAUCAAAUAGGAAGCAUAGUGUCAAAAUCAAAUAUGUAACUUUUUUGGUUGGUUCGGAUCAACAGACGGAAGCAUCAUGUCAAAAUCACUUUAACAUUUGUAUUGAAAAAGCCUUUGGCCUUGAUGUGAGUUUCUGCCUAAAUAUAGCUUGCA